ACUCUAGUCUACUACUCCACCUUUUAUGAUUCCAGUAGCAGCAGAGCGAUAGAAAUAGAAAGUUAUAUAAAAAAUAAAAAUAAAAAAACAAAGAGUAAGACAGUGUUUGGUUGGGAAAAGAAUGGAAUUCUCCAAGCGCAAAGUGCUACUACUAAACGAGGACGUUCCCAAUCCCAUGGCCAGGCCCCCUCUCCCAGACGCCAAACACGCCGUAAACACGUCGGCGGCGGCGCCGCAGCAGCAAUUCUCAACGCCGGCGAGCCCUCUGCAAGUGGCGAUUCGUCCGGUAUUCGCCUCCAGCGUGGCCUACGUCUUCCUCAUCCUCUUCACCACCUUCUUCUUCAUCGGCUUCGUCUUCCUCUACUUCCGCCAGUUCCCCUCCGAGGUCGCCACCUUCCGCCGCAGCCGCAGCCGUCGGAGUCCGCCCUCCGCCGCGGCCAAGUCCCUGCCGGUGGUGGCGCACCGCGGCGACGGCGGGAAGCAGGCGGAGUGCGCGAUAUGUCUGGAGGAGUUCGGCGACGGCGAGGCGGUGAAGGUGAUACCGCAGUGCGGGCACGUGUUCCACCCGCAGUGCAUUGACACGUGGCUUGAGGCGCACGUGUCGUGCCCCGUGUGCCGGUGCAGCGAGUUUAGUGGAGCGGCGGUGAAGGAGAGUGAAGAGGUGGAAUCGGUUUGAGUGAGAACUGAGAAGAGAACCAAACUUGGAUUACAACUUCACUUUCCGUCUCUUAUUCAUUCUCAUUGCCACUUGUCAAUUGUCAUGCCACUCUUUAAUAAAUUAUUACCAUUCUCUUAUAUCUUAUUUAA